AUGACCUAUUUCAAGCUUUUCGCCUUGCUGAAAGAUCACCUUUCAUUGAAAUCCCCGCAUAUGUUUAAAAUAUCAACAUUUAUUGCCCAAUUCACCGUCGAGACCUUUCUCUGUUUGACUGUUCCUUGUCCACGUACACGCUACCUAAAGCCAGCUACCAAUCCUGCAUGUACUCAAGUCCACAGAGCUUUGCCGAGGCCGGAGAACCACGUGUGAGCCGGUGAAAAAUAGCAAAUUAAGGGCUAUUAUCAUAGCUACGUGAAAUGGUGGAACCAAUCGAUAAAAUUCGAUUAUAUAGCGUAGCAAAUGUGUCAUAUUUGAACUCUGAAUGAAAAUUAUUAUUACAUAUCUCGUAUUUAUUCUAUA